AUGUCACUCGGUGAAAACUUUCCAACUCGACGUUUAGUUAUGUUGCUCGAUAUUCAUCUUAAUUUGGCCAGCUCAGCAACACAACGUUCGCUUUCUCAUCUGCAUCACAUUUUCAUUGAUGUGGAAACUUUUGUUGAUGCUGAUGAAUGUGUUGAUUUCAUUACCGAUCUUGACGACAAUGACGGGUGUACGAUGGUCGUCUCUGGCUCACUUGGCGAAUAUAUUGUGCCGCUUAUUCACCUACUGCCUCACAUCAAAGCCAUUUACAUGCUCGAUUCGAGCGAAGAACAGUGGAAGAAUGAAGAUUAUAGGAAAAUUCGUGGUGUUUACUCUGAUAUACAGUCGCUAUGCAAUCGAUUAUGUUCUCCAAGUCACCACCGUUGGCAAGAACCAUUGUCAUUUAGUACAUUUCCUCCAGUUUGGGUGUCGAGUAGUUCAGAUCAUCAAGCAGAAAAGCAAGAAGCCAUGUUCAUGUAUGCUCAAUUGCUGCGUGAUAUUUUGCUCGAAAUGAACGAGAAUAGGGACGAAACGAAACGCGAAAUGCUUGAAGAAUGUCGCCAAUUAUACUCAGACAAUGAGGCUCAAUUACGCCACAUUGCCGAUUUUGAACGAGAGUACACAGCGGAGCGAGCUGUAUGGUGGUUCACCAAGGACACGUUCCUUUAUCGGAUUUUGAAUCAAGCGUUGCGCACGCAAGACAUUAUUAUUCUAUACAAGCUUCGUCUAUUCAUUAAAGAUUUAUAUUUUCAACUGAAAAGUUUACAUGAUGAAGCGACAACAACCACAUACACCGUUUUCCGUGGUCAGGUUAUGCCUGUUCUAUUUCAAAUCGACGUUGAUUCUCGUCAGAGCAUAAUGAAUACAUUUGCAGAUAUUCAUCAUUUGAGUGCAAUGGGUGAAGAAGACGAAGUGCUGUUUUCGAUGGGUGCGAUUUUUCGAAUUCUCUCAGUGGAACAAAGCGCUGAUGGCGUCUGGCACGUUUGUCUUCGUCUCUGUACUGAUGAAGACAAACAAUUGGCGCAGUUGCGAGAGCACAUGCGCAAGCAAAUUUGGCAUCCACGGGAACGACUUCGACUCGGGAAACUUGCACUUGAAAUGGGUGAAUUUACGAAAGCCCAAAUAUUGUAUAAAGCAAUGCUCGAUGACGCAAAAUUUAUUCAUAACGACUCUCUUCUUUGCGCUUUACUGCACAGUGAUCUCGGUGCUAUUUAUGGUCACUGUGGACAGUACGCUGACUGCCUUCGUGAAUACGAGCGUGCGAUUACACUCAACGAACAGCAUCAUCCAUCGAAUCGUCUUGCUGUAGCGUCGAUUCGAUGUAACAGAAGUGCGAUAUUCUCUCUUUUAGAGGAAUAUGAUCGAGCCCUUAUCGAGUGUCAACAUGCCAUUGCCAUAGAGCAAAGUACAGGACAAGCACGUCCGCUCCGUUUGGCCACAUACGAUGAACAGAUGGGCGAAAUUAUGAUCGCAAAAGGUAAGGUAUCUGAAGCACUCACGUGCUACGAGCGUGCACAGACCGUUCGACUUGAACACAUGUCAGGUAAUCAUCCAGAUUUGGCUAGUCUUUAUAACAAGAUGGCGAGUGCAUACGCGGUACAGGAGCGCCUCAGCGAUGCGUAUGCCUGGUGUAAGCGAGCGCUCACCAUUCAACUCGACUGUCUUCCACCAGGCCACAUUGCUCUGUCCGAAACAUAUGCUCUGCUAGGCAAUAUUGCAUAUGGUCAAUCCCAGUAUGAUGAAGCACGACGACAACAGGAAAGUGCAUUAGCAUUACAAGAGAGAAAUCUGUCAGCGAACCAUGUGCUGACGGCGCAUACGCACGUGAGUCUCGCGAUGACGUUACUUGCACUUGGUGAAUACAAAGUGGCGGCUGAACAUACCACGCGAGCGUUGGCCGUUUUUCGUACCAUUUUUCCGUCUGAACACCAAGAAAUACAGCUAACACAAGAACUCCUUAAUAUGAUACAACGCGAACAAUAG